AUUGGAGGGUGAUCAAGGCGACUCCGGUCUAGUGGAUUGUGGAUUCGGCAAUGGCUGAUCGAGCCCUUCCCGGGCCUUACCGUUCGAGGCGAGGCGGAGGGAGGUGACCGAAUGUGAUUUGGAGAUUCUCCGCCAGAGGGAAGCGAGGGAUGAUGCCAUCAUUACCCCUGGGCGCCAUCCCAUGAUGGGCCAUGGCGAUAAGGAGCUUGACGGGGACGAUGUAAUCGCUGAACAUAAAAGUCUGAGUGUUUCUGCUCUAUUGUUGACUUUGUUGGACUACCUAGGUUGUGCCUCAACAGCUUUCCUUCUCAUUCGUUUCAACGCCAUCAGGUUGGCACUUUUCUUCACUCGUUUAUUUAACCUUCAUCCACCUUACCUUACCUUACUUCAGUCAAGCAUUCAAGAUGAAGUUCCUCGCUGUUGCCUCUCUUUUGGCGAUCGUCUCGGCCGCACCCACGCCAACCCAGCCGGAGUCUGGCACCCCUCUGUUGGCCAAGAGAGCUGGCAUCUCGGAUGCAGCCAACCUGGGAUACGCCACGCUGAACGGAGGCACAAAGGGUGGUGCCGGUGGCACCGUGACGACGGUGUCAACGCUGGCCCAGUUCACCGCUGCCGUCAAUGAGAAGAACAGCGCCCCGGCCAUUGUUGUCGUCAAGGGCGUUAUCACCGGUAACACCAAGGUCCGGGUCGGCAGCAACAAAUCCAUCAUCGGGUUGGGGCAGGGCUCUGGUUUCAAGGGCGUUGGCUUGCACUUCAGGCGCCAGAAGAACCUCAUUGUGCGGAACAUUGUCUCUUCAUUCGUCGAGGCCGACCAAGGUGAUGCCUUGAAGAUCGAGGAAAGCACCAAUGUCUGGGUCGACCACUGCGAAUUCUACUCGGCCCUCGUGUCCGACAAGGACUUCUACGACGGUCUGGUCGACUCCUCGCAUGGCUCUGACUUCGUCACCAUCUCGCACACCUUCUUCCACGACCACUGGAAGGCCUCUCUCGUUGGACACAGCGACAGCAACGCGGCCGACGACAAGGGCAAGCUGCAUGUGACGUACGCCAACAACUACUGGAAGAACGUCAAUUCGCGCGGCCCGCUGAUCCGCUUCGGCACGGGACACAUCUACAACUCGUACUUUGAAAACGUCGAAUCAGCCAUCAACACGCGCAUGGGCGCCCAGGUCCUCGUUCAGAGCAACGCCUUCAAGAACGUGACCUACCCCGUUGCCAGCAUGUACUCGAAGGAGGUUGGGUACGCCACGGUGAGCGACAAUGACUUUGGCGGUGCCGCCAACACAGCCCCGGCUGGCAACAUGUCUCCAAGCUCGGUUGGCUACUCGUACUCCCUCCUUGGCUCCUCUGCGGUGGCAGCGAAGGUGCCCAAGGAGGCCGGCGCCAUCCUGACCUUUUAAAAAAAAUCGCGAUUUGGGAUCGAGGAAAGAGAAUGCUCUUAUCUGGAAUUGUUCCCGGGGCACUCAUGAGUCAGUGACCCCUGAUACGGGCCGAAUCAAGGUGACAGAGUUUCUGUUUGGGGUUACAUGCGAUGUAGCCGGCGUCGAUGGCAAGCUUCCCCGCGCAUUACCUUGGGCAGUUAACUUGCCCAGGAGUGCUGGCCGCCGUCCAGGAAAGAAGGGGCCGGUUUCCAAUUGAAACCUGUUCAGUCGUGACAGGCCAUCCAUCGACCUGUUGAAACCGUCGCUAGCCAUAUCUUUCGUGCCUCCACCCAGACAGAAAUCCGUUCUUUGCGCCACCUUUGACUCAAUGUCACGGUCACCGCGAGAAAUGCGCAGAGGAC